UCCCCUGACAGUGUGUGGUGUGUGAACAUCUUACAUCACUGUCUUGGGGAGGAUCACAGCAGUCCCAUCUUCUGCUGCUUGGACAGAUACCCAAAUUCACCAAACUGAAGGCAGAUGAAACUGUCUCAGUGGGACAACUGCAUUAAUGAAAGCUUGAUUUGGGAAGUGUCUCAACAGACCAGAACAUCUCCUUGGAAUAUCUGAAAUCCAUAUGGCUAUGUAUGAUGAAGAUAUCUUGAAAAAUCCCUUUUAUUUGGCCAUUCAGAAGCGACGUCCUGAUCUAUGCAGUAAAGUUGCAGAACUCCAUGGUAUUGUGCUAGUUCCAUGCAAAGGAAGCCUUUCAAGCAACAGUCUUUCUACCUGCCAGUUUGAAUCUUAUGUUCUGAAGCCACUAGAAGAAAAAUUUCAAACCUUAAAUGGGAAGGAGAUCUUCAUACAAGGAAACCUCAUCAUUCUAGGAGCUGGUUUUAAUUACACUCUCUCAGUACCUGUUCUCUUUGAGGAAACCUUUUACAAUGAAAAAGAGGAAAGCUUUAGUAUAUUGUGCAUAGCUCAUCCAUUGGAAAAAACAGAAAGCUCAAGUGAAUCUACAGCUUCAUCAAACUCCUAUUCUCUUAAAAACAUUGAAGAUGUUAGAGAGUUCUUGGGAAGGCACUGUGAGAGAUUUGAUAAAUACCUAGGAUCAUUCUAUAGAACAUUUAAAGAACAUGAAAGGAAAAGCCUCCGUCACUACAUAGAUUCUGUCAAUGCACUUUAUACCAAAUGUCUGCAGCAUCUUUUGAGAGAUUCGCACUUGAAGAUGCUUGCAAAGCAAGAAGAGCAGAUGAAUCUGAUCAAACAAGCAGUUGAAAUGUAUAUCCAUCAUGCUAUUUAUGAUCUAGUCUUCAAAUAUGUGGGGACAAUUGAGGCAAGUGAGGAUGCUGAUUUUAAUAAAAUCACGAGGAGCCUUCAAGACCUGCAGCAAAAAGACAUUGGAGUGAAGCCUGAGUUCAGUUUUAAUAUACCACGUGCAAAGCGAGAACUGGGUCAGUUGAACAAAUGCACUUCCCCUCAACAGAAGCUACUUUGUCUGCGUAAAGUUGUACAAAUUAUUAUGCAGUCUCCAAGCCAAAGAGUUAACAUGGAAACUAUGUGUGCAGAUGAUCUUCUCUCUGUUUUGCUGUAUUUGCUUGUGAAAACAGAAAUUCCAAACUGGAUGGCCAACUUGAGUUACAUAAAGAACUUCAGGCUUUGCAGUUCAGUGAAGGAUGAGUUGGGAUACUGCCUAACCUCGAUUGAGGCUGCAAUAGAAUACAUACGGCAAGGCAACCUCUCUGACAGAUCAACAGAAUCUGAGAGUCUGUGUGACAAGCUGCUCUUAAGACAAAGGAUGAACUUGUUGUCCCAGAUGUCUGCUGCACCAAUAGACUGCUUGUUUAAGCAUAUUGCUUCAGGUGAUCAGGAGGAAGUGGAGCGGCUGCUAAGUCAAGGUGACAGUGAUAAGGACACUGUACAGAAAAUGUGUCACCCGCUGUGUUACUGUGACAAAUGCGAGAAGCUGGUUUCUGGGAAACUGAAUGACCCUUCCAUUAUCACCCCCUUUUCCCGAGAUGACCGGGGAUAUACUCCGCUUCACAUAGCUGCUAUUUGUGGUCAAACUUCCUUAGUGGAUUUGCUGGUAGCCAAAGGAGCCAUUGUCAAUGCUACCGAUUACCACGGUUCAACUCCCCUUCACCUCGCCUGUCAGAAGGGAUAUCAAAAUGUUACACUGCUCUUAUUGCACUACAAGGCAAGUAGUGAUGUUCAGGACAAUAACGGAAAUACUGCACUUCACUUAGCCUGCACUUAUGGUCAUGAGGAUUGUGUGAAGGCUUUAGUGUACUACGACGUGCAUUCCUGCAGGCUGGAUAUUGGCAAUGAGAAGGGAGACACUGCUCUGCACAUUGCUGCUCGCUGGGGCUACCAAGGGAUCAUAGAAGUGCUCUUGCAAAAUGGGGCAAACCCAGAAAUUCAGAACCGCAUGAAAGAGACUUCCCUACAGUGUGCAUUGAAUUCCAAGAUUUUGUCGUUGAUGGAAUUAAACUACCUAACGUUUGAGAGAGGACAGAGUGCUUCUGAGUCACCGCUUAGAUCUCCUCAGCGCUCAGCAGAAACUUUCAGCAGAGGGUCAUCUGUCUCGAGCCUGUCAUCAGCAUCAACUGAUAUAAGGCAAGAAGAAGUAAAAAACAGUUAUAAAGAGGUGGAAAAACUCCUGAGAGCAGUUGCUGAUGGAGAUCUGGAAAUGGUCCGUUAUCUCUUGGAAUGGGUGGAAGAAGACUUGGAAGAUGAGGAUGACACAGCCAGUAUAUCAAAACCAGAAUUCUGCCAUCCCUUAUGCCAGUGCUCAAAAUGUGGGCCAGCACAAAAGAAGUUUUCCAGGAUCUGUGCCAACGGGCUGGGGGUGAAUGUUUCAAACCAGGAUGGUUUCACCCCUCUGCACAUGGCUGCUCUGCACGGCCACGGCGAGCUGGCGGCGCUGCUGCUGCGCCACGGCGCCAAUGCCAGCGCCAAGAACGCCCAGCUGGCAGCUCCCCUGCACCUGGCCUGCCAGAGGGGACACUCCCAGGUGGUCAAGUGUCUGAUGGAUUACAAUGCUAAACAAAAUAAAAAGGAUAUAUAUGGAAAUACUCCCUUAAUUUAUGCAUGCCUGAAUGGUCACUAUGAGACUACUGCCCUGUUGUUGCAGCACGGCGCCUCUGUCAACCUCUGCAAUGCCAAGGGCAACACAGCCCUGCACGAGGCCGUGGCCAGCAGGCACGAGGCGCUGGUGGCCCUGCUGCUGCAGAACGGGGCCCUGCGGCACCUGCGCAACGAGCGGAGCUGCACCGCUGCCGACUGCGCCGAGCCCAAUUCAAACAUCAUGAAGUUGCUGGAAGCAGCACCAAGCUGUGUCCCCACAUCAGCAGAGGGAGAGAAGAAGAGUGAGCAGCAUGUUACUGUCAAGAUAAGGAAAAAAGUGCAUCCUAAGCCCUGUGAGGAAGCUGAUGAUCCCAUAAGCAGACAACUUCAACUGGUCCAAUCAAUUAACAGAUUUAACAAAGAAAAACACUUACGGAGAACAAUAACAAGAGAUAAAAGUGUCCCUAAUUUUGACUAUCACUUACUGCACCAGAUGGCUAUUAAAAGCUUUGAUAAAAGCAAAUUAAAAUCUGUUGGAAUGCUGGAGCAGAGCACAGUUCAGGUGACUGACACGAGGUGCAGUGGUGAGUUUGCAGAAGAUGAUGACACGACAGCUCCUCCCAGGAGUAAAUUACUGCAGCGCAGACACACGGUCAAUGUGGCACUGCCAGCAGAGGAGGGCAGUGACAGUGGCUCGUGCAGCCCUGCAGAGCCAGGGGCUCCUCGGCCCCAGGACUGCCAUGGCUCCGUCUCGGAUCACUGACAGGGAAGCGCGGAUUGGGAGCGCGGAGCUGAGGAAGCUGGUGUCAAUUGCAGUAGCCCUUCACUGUGUGUCAGUGUCCCAGCUCAGAGCAGGCACAGCUGGAAUGUUCUGGCACCUGGGGCCUGACUCCUCUGUCCAUGUUGGAGGUCACCACACAGCCAGGUCACUACUGAUCUCACUAACAGGGAUGUAACGAGAUGGAGGCAGCAAAAUUACUUUCCUAUUCUAUUCAGCACUCAUUAAAAAGUUCUAUGUAACAGUAAACCAAAUGAAACUGUAUUGUAUUUUUCAGCCACCUGCUUUGUUUUAAAAGUCUUUGAAUAAUUUUUGCUUUUUCAGUUUUUA